CUCAGACCAAACAACUUUUCCAGAGCUCCACAUCACAACGCGGCCACUUUUCAGCGAGGACACAUUUAUUUAGACUUAUCUGCACGGAAAUCGGAUUAUUCUGCUUGGACCUUUCUUCACUGUGUGUAUUUAUUAGUUUAGAGGACUUUGUUUCCCCUUUGUUUUAAAACUUUUAGGAAGUUGAAAUGAGGAAUCUUUGGCUGGUUUUCCUCGUCGGAUUGGCGGCUGGUUUCUUCACUGAAAAGAUCCUGGUCUCAUCCCAGCACCCCUCUGCACUGGACGAUCUGUACUUGGAGGGGCGCACGUCAGGUGACCUUCCGAUUGAUGAUGAAGAUGGUGAAGACGAUGGCUCAGGCUCUGGAUCUGGAGACUAUGAUAACAUCACAGAAGAGGCCGAACUCCUGAAGUUUCUCAACUUCUCCAAAUCCCAAUUUGGGAGAGACAUUGUUACCGUCGAGCCACUUCAGCCACAGUCAACAGCCGGGUCCCCGUACUUUGGGCCAACCUCUGCAGCGGAGACCCCAGAGCCCUCGACCACCGCGAGGGACUCUGCUCCAACAGCACCGACUGCUAGAGACAACGAUGAAGAGGUGGUUGAUUUUGGACCAACUAUGGACAGGACCACACAAGCUACCAGCCCUGUGCCUCCUAGUUACACCACUACCUUUGAUAACAGCAUUGAAAGUGGCAUAGAACAAGAGACAAGAGCUGAUGACUUUAACAUCCCAGAGAAGGACACCCAAAAUGAGAUUCUGAUCAUAGACGGACGAGGAGGCAGGAUUUAUGAGAUGGACUCGCCCAAAGAAGUCACCUCUGAAAACAUGUGGGAGCGCACGGAUGUUUUGGCAGCUAUCAUUGCAUGUGGUGUGGUUGGAUUCCUCUGUGCUGUCUUCUUGCUCCUCCUCCUCGCCUACCGCAUGAAGAAGAAAGAUGAAGGUAGCUACGAUUUGGGAGAGACCAAACUUACCAACACGGCAUAUCACAAAGCACCCACCAAAGAGUUCUACGCCUGAACUGAUGAAUGGGAUCAAGUGGAGUUUGUAACAAAUCAGGACACUCAGAUCUACUAGAACUGGAGAUAAUUUCUGUUGAAGUCUGAGGAUGAAAACUCUACUGUGCGCCUUAACUUUCUUCAUCCAGCCCUUCAGUUUGGUCCUCUGAUCAUUCCAAACUGUUUUUGAAGAGGACAAAAGGGAAUAAAAUUAGCUUGUUUUCUGCAUUCUCUCAUGUUCUUCUUUGGAGGGAGUACAAUGUUAAUACCCCCUUUUUAAUGAUAUAGCACUACUAAUGAUGACUGCAUCAAAAAAAUAUUUUAUGAACCACAUGAGUUAGACCCACUUUUGGGAGGCCAAAAAUUAUUGCUUGAUAAUCAAAUUGAUAAUUUACCAAAUCUUAACUGUGUUAAAACCAGCCAUUAUGCAUUUCGACUGCUGUUAACUCUUACAGUGGCCAGUAGUAUUAUGAAUGAGCUAAAAUGAUCAUUUUUAUAAUUUAUGUCAGAUAUGUCUUUCGACUUUUACGUUGCCUUGUUUUCUGCUCAUUAGGCAGUUGUAGUAUUUUCAUUAUAAUGAAAAUGUAUUUUAUUCAUAUUCAUUUGCUGUCAAAAGUGGUGUAAAUCCUUUUGCUUUGCAGGUACAUGAGUAUUUGUCAUUUGACAAUAGUAGAAAUUCCUAAAACAUAAUAUUGCUUCAUUGUUAUGGGAAAUGUUUGAGUAGCUAUUAGAUUUUAGUUUUUUAUGUUGAGAGGUAAUUUGUACAAAAUAUUUUUAGAGAAAUUUUAGUAAAAAUUUUUGCAGCCUUUGCAUAAUGUUACUAUUAUCAGGUUUAACAUUCAAGCAUAGUGAAAUGUGCAGUAAGUUUUUUCUGGGACACGUCUGUAAAGUAAUGACUAUAAUUUAGAAACUGUAGAAGUGAAGUGACCAAUGUUACUGAAGCCAAAGAGAACUCCUUUCCUACUGUUACCUCUGUACUGCUGUGUGUGUGUGUGUGUGUGUGCACGCGCAACAGUCACUGUGCCGAUAGCUUUAGCUUUGUUACAUAUCAAGGAGGGUUUUUACCUGGUACGAACAUUCCCAUCUUAGACAUCCAUUCCAACAAAUGCUUUGUCUGCUAUAGUUGUUGUUGACUGCUAUUUCUUUUUUCUUUUUGUGUCCACUGCGUUUUAUGAGGCAUGUCAGCAUACAGCUGAUGUAUGUUUCAUUUAGUUUAUAUUUGGAAUGCUGAAGUGAAUAGUUAUCAAUCUUGCAAAUCAAGGAAACUACCUACAAUCAUCAGCUGGAAAUAAACAGAAAUAUCUAAUGAAAUGACUGUGAUUUAGUGAUUAGUUUAAUGUUUGUGCAACAAUCCAAAGUGCCUCAAUAACCAGUAGUGCUUUUUCAGUGUUACUGACGAGCUUUUCAAGCUAAAUAAGAAUGAAUGAUCGACAGAUGUUUCUAUGUCAUUGGUACAGAGUGAUGUAUUCAGAGUUAAGGGGUGGAGGAACUCUACAGGACAUUCAAUACUGUGCAUAAUCUCUGUAAUUGUAUACAGUAUGUUAAUAAUGUUAUUGUGCCGUAAUUUAUGUGCUUCACUAAUCCAGGUGUUAUCUCCUCUGAAAUGUACAGUAUUUAGAAUUUUUGUGCAGUCCAAACUUAUUUAUAUUAAAGUCUUUGACAAGCCCAGGUUCGGUUCAUAUAGGUUUAAUGCCUUCUUAUUUGUAGAUUGCAGCUUUGAUUUCAUCUUUUGAAUUGACUAAAGCUUUUCAACAUGGUAAAACAUUGAGACCAAUUUUCCCACCAUUGGGACAAAGGACCACCAAAUCACACUGUGUGACUGAACCAAUGUAUUUUCAUGGGGUUCACUACUGAAUAAAAGCUGUAUGUUCAAAAUAAA